UACUAUAUUAUUUUACCAGAGUUUGGUGUCCAUUCACGGUAAUUUUCCGGAGUUACAGGAGGAGAUGGCGGCCGUCCUGCUUCAGGUUCUGGAGCGGGCGGAACUGAACAAACUGCCGAAAGGUGCCCAGAACAAGCUCGAGAAGUUUGUGACGGAGCUGCAGAGUGCUAACGAGGCGCUCAGGACACAGCAUGAGCGGUUCAAAGCAGACAGUGAGCAGCAGUACUUUGACAUUGAGAAGAGACUGGUGGAGAGUCAGGAACAGAUCCUGUCUGCCACCAGAGACCUGCAGACCUUGAAGGCGGAAAAUAAAAAGCUCAAUGAAGAGCUGAAUACUCUGAAAGGAAUAGAAGGAGAAACCUUCGAAGAUAAAACACCACAACAGCAAACAAAGGCCAAGUAUGAGAUUGAGGCGGAGAAGAGAGAGCUGGCAAGGCUGCUGGAGAAGAGAACGCAGGAGGUGGAGAACCUUACUGUGGACGUGAACCGUCUAAAAGAGAAGCUUACGGAGACGAACAAACUCAAGAUGGAGCUGCAGUUAAAACUGGAUGAUAUCCAGUCAUCUGAAGCGUCUGUUCAGCACCGGGAGAAGCGUAUGGAGCAGGAGAAAGAGUUACUUGAGAAGAAGAUCGAGUGGCUAACUGCAGAACUGAAGACCAAAACUGAUGAACUGCUGAACAACAACAGAGACAAGGGCAAAGAGAUACUGGAGCUGCAGGGAAGUCUGAAGAGCAGCAAGGAGCAGGCGACCAGGCUGGAAAGUCAGCUCACCUCUCUGAAGCAAACCAGCGAGAGUCAGAGUAAAAGAGCUGAAGACCUCAACAACAAGCUGAAACAGGCUAAAGACGAGCGGAGCGCCAUGGAGGAGAAAUACCGCAAUGAGCUCAACGCUCACGUCAAGUUGUCUUCACUCUACAAGGGGGCAGCAACAGACAUGGAGACCAAGAACCAGGAGCUGAGCAGAGCAGUGGAGGAGCUCAGUAAGCUGGUGAAAGACAGCGGGGAAGCCAACAAUGUUCUGGAGAAGAAGGUGUCUGAGGGAGAGCAACUGAAGAUGCGGCUGGAGGCAGAGCUCAGUGAGAAAAUCAAGAAAAUGGAGAAAGAGCUGGAAAACGCUACAACGAAGGCCGCUGGUAAACACUGCUGUGGGCCGUCUCUGACCGAGGAGCAGCUGGACUUCAUGUGUCCGUCGGCAGCUGCCAUCGCUGCGAUUGUGAAGCCCGGCAUGAAGUUCUUCGAUCUGUACAAUGCGUAUGCCGAGUGUCAGACACAGCUUCAGCUUGAGAAGCAGGAGACCAGGAGAGUGAGCAGAGUGCUGGAUGAGAUCGUGCAGGAAGUCGAGUCCAAAGCGCCCGUCCUGAAGCGUCAGAGAGAGGAGUACGAGGGCAUGCAGAGGUCCAUGGCCUCGCUCUGCAACAAGCUGGAACAGGCUCGAAUGGAGAUCUACAGUUUGCAAAAAGAGAAAGAAGAGGCCAAGCAGCGCUGUGAUGCCGUGGAGAGAGAGAAGCUGAGGGCGGAGCGACAGCUAGAGGACACAGCUACACAGGUGUGCUCUCUUCUGGUGGAGCUGGAGGAAGCCAGAGGUAAUCAGGUGACCAAGGAUGACGACAGCUCCGCCGACAUUUCCAGCACCUCUGAGGUCAUCAGCCGGCGUCAGUUGUCGUUCCGCAGCGUGGAGGAGCUGCAAAGGCAGAACCAAAGCCUGCUGGGAAGGCUGAGGGAGCUGGAGCAGGAGAAGGACAGACAGCAGAGCCGUGUCACAUCCGAGCGUAUAUCGGAGCUGGAGGCCAGUGUGGAUAAACUUCAGAAGGAGGUGGAGCAGCUGAGAGAGCAGAGGAACCAGCAGAAACAGCUGGCUGACUCCAGCGCCAGGCAGAGAGACAUGUACAAGGCCCUGCUGACACACAGCACUGGCUUCAAUCUGCCUCCUCCAGGUCUGGAGGCUUCAUCUCAACCCGCACAUGUUCGUCCUUCAGUCCCAGCGACUCGCUCGACUCCACAAAGAGCUGCUGCUGCCGAGUCGGCACAGACCGCUCAGGCUAAAGCUGCUUUAAAACAGCUCAACGACGCCUUCAGUCUGUAUAAAAAGGAGAAAGCAGAGAACGACAGGAUGUUGAAUGAAACUAACGACCGGCUGCAGAGACAGCUGACGGAGCACCACUCCAGCCACGCCAAGCUGACCUCUCAGCUGGAGUUCAGCAACAAGAGGUAUGAGAUCCUCCAGGAGACUGUAUCGGCCUACCGCAGAGAGAUCUCUGCCCUCCAGGAGAGGAACCAGAAAAUGGCUGCAACGAGCCAACGACACGAGCACAUCAUCCACACGAUGAGCCAGGACCUGCGACAGGCUAACGAAAAACUAGCUCUGGAGGAGGUGCGCGUGGAGAACUUGACCAAAGAGAGAGACAUGUUAAGACAAGCAGAGAGUCGCCUGACUCGGGAGAAGGAAGCCAUAUUGGCUGAACAACGUAACCAGAACCUGCUGCUCACCAACCUCAAGACUAUACAGUUGACCAUGGAGCGCACAGAGACGGACACGCGCCAGCGACUGAACAACAAGAUAGAGCAUCUGGAGGCGGAGCUUGCUUCCAUGAAGACCAGGAUGGACCAGGAAGUAGCGCAGAGACAUGCUCUCGGACGCACUAUGGACGCUCAGUUGUUGGAAGCAAAGAAGCAGCUGGAGACGCAGAACGUCUUGCAGCAGAAGACCAGGGACUUGUUGCGUAGCUCUGAACAGCAGGUGACGGCGCUGAAAGCCCAGCUGGCGUCUGCUUCGUCCUCUGAGGCCGUUUCCAGCUCCAGCAACGCCACCACCGCAGCCGCCAGAGCCGCAAGCCUCAGAGCGCCACUGAGAGGACGCCCUCAGGGACCGGCAGCCAGUCCGCAGCCCAGCCCGUCGCAGCAGGAGCUCGCAGAGGUGAAAAGUCUCCUGCACAACGCCGAGGAACAGAACGGCGAACUGGCAGAGCAGCUGAAGAAUGCUAACGCUACUGUGGAGCAGUACAGAGCUGUGGUCCUGACUCUGGAGGACAGUCUGAAGAAAGAAAAGGAGUCUCGCUCACCCCUGGAGAUCCGACUGAAGGAGUCGGAGGAGGUGCAGAAGCAGCUGGAGAAGAGGAUUAUAGAGGCGGAGAAAAUGAAGCAGCUGGAGCAAGAAGAGAGGAGGAAGGCUUUGGACGCAGUGGAGAAACAAGUGUGUGAGCUGCAGCGCAGUCUGAAGGCCAGUCAGACCGAGCAGCAGGAGGCGCUGGAGAGAGCAGCUUCUUCUGGUACACUGGAGCAGAAGGCCAUACAGGAAAGCCUGCUGCAGACUAAGCUUGCUGGAGAGGCGCAGGCAAAGUAUGAGCGGGAACUGAUGCUCCAUGCUGCUGACGUGGAGGCUCUGCAGGAGCUCAAGAAACGACUCCAACAGGAAGCGGUGCAGAGGAGGGAGCUAGAGGAGCAGCUAAACAAGACCUCCUCCAUCCUGCAGGAGAAAACUGCAGCCUUGAGCACACUGGAGAAACAGCUGAAGGAGGACCUGUCUAAUCAGAGCCGUCGCUGUGAGGAGCUGAGCAAGCAGAACGCUCUGCUGCACCAACAGAUGGAUGACAUGGCCACCAGGAGUCGUCAGCAGCAGCAGCAGCACCAGCAACAACAGCUGGACCUGUCAUUUAGUGAGGAGGGCAAGACCACUGAGCAGAUACUAGAAAUACUCAGGUUUGUGCAGCGGGAGAAGCAGAUCGCCGUGGCUCGAUGUGAGGUGUCCGAGGGAGAAGCUCUUCGCUACAAACAGCGAGUCGAGCACCAGGACAGAGAACUGAAGGAGCAACAGGAAGCUCUGAACGCUGAGAGGGAGAAAAUGCAGGUUACAGCGAAGACUCUGGCCCAGCAGGAGGAUCAGCUGAAGAAGAUGGACAGUAUCACUGCUCUCCAAGAAACCAACAGGACGCUGAGAAUGGACAGAGACAAACUGCAGCAGGAGAUGCAGCAAGCGCAGGCUAAAGUGACGAAGCUCCAGUCGGACAUCAGCCCGCUGCAUCACUCUCUGUCUCAGCUGUCGGAGAAGAACGGCUCCCUGCAGGCGGACAAGAGGAUUCUGGAAGAUGACCUCAAACGCUGGAAGGCGAAAGCACAGCAACUGCUCAACCAGCAGAAAGAUGGAGAUGUGGAGGAGAGGCAGAAACUAACCAACGAGAGAGAAGCUCAGCAGAGACGCAUCGCACAGCUCGCUGAAGAGGCGGCCAAACUGAAGACUGAACUGGCCAGAUCCAGUGCCAGCAGUAACUCGGCUCAGUCUCAGCUGCAAGCCCUCAGAGACUCUGUGGCCCAGCUGACGACGGAGAGAGACGCGCAGAAGAAACAACUGGAAACAAAAACCAACGACAUUCUGGAGAAGAACAAAACCAUCAACCAGGUCAAAAAGAUCGGACGACGCUACAAGACCCAGUAUGAGGAGCUCAAAGCCCAGCAUGACAAGCUGGUCGCGGAAACUGCAGCUAAAGUGGGAAGUGAGGCAGCUCCGAGCCAGGAGGUGCAGCAAGAGCUGACUAAAGCCCAGGAGGAGCUGAACAAGGCCAGAGAGGAGCUGAAAACACUGAAGGACGAGGCGCAGAAAAAACAGGAGGAGACCCAGAAGGCCAAGCAAGAGUUGGAGGAGGCCCAGAAGGAAAACCAGAAGAACAAGGAAAAGUCCCAGGAAGUUCAAAACCAGCUGACACAGAACCAGAACCAACUGACACAGGUCCAGUCCCAGUUGUCCCAGACUCAGACUCAACUGCAGCAGAAUCAGAACCAACUGACCCAGAGUCAGAAAGAGCUUCAACAGGCCAAGACCCACACCCAGCAGGUGCAGAACCAGUUGAAGUCGGCUCAGUCUCAAGCUCAGGCCCGUCAGAACCAGAUCCAGCAGAUCCAGAGGGAGCUCCAGCAGGCGAAAGAAGCGCUCCAGCAGAACCUCACCAGUCAGAAAGAGCUGCAACAGACUCACCAGACCAGCCAACACAGCCACAACCAGGAGGUCGGCAAUCUCAAGGCUUCUCUGAGCCAAGCGGAGGACAAGGUGACUGAGCUCCAGGGACAGCUGGACAACCUGCAGAAGACGGUUGGCGAGCGCGAAGCAGACGUCAAGCGCCUGCAGGAGCAGCUAACUGAAGCUAACCAGGCUAAUGAAGCUAGCCGUGCCACACAGGCCGUGAGUUCUCAGUCCAUCCAGGCCAGUGAUGCUAACGCUGCUAGUGAAGCUAACCAGGCACAACAAGAGGAGCUGGCUAAAUUCAGACAAGAGCUGUUGGAGAGCAAGAACCGAGAGGAGCAGCUGAAACAGCAGAUGGCUGACAAAGAGGAAAAGACCAAGAAGGCCUUCAUGGGAGCGAAGACCAAAAUCAACCAACUGAACAGUGCCAAAGAGCAGCUCAGUGGGGAGAUCGACGAGCUGAAACAGAGUAAGGAGGAACUGGAGGUGAGAAUGAACGCCCUCAAGUCUCAGUACGAAGGUCGACUUCUUCGGCUGGACAGAGAGCUGAGAGAACUGAGGGAGACACAGACGCACUCCGACCCCAGAGAGGAGCCACAGGACCAGAGCGGAGCUAAGGUGGGUGAUCAGCCCAGAUCUGCAGACCAGAGACAGAUAUCUCUGAAGAGUCCAGCCCAGGACAGGGGAAGCUCCAGCCUGUCUGAGCCUCCCACCGCCAACAUCCGCCCCACCCCGAGUACUCCGUCUCCUAGCAACAAGCCAAGCCCCUCCCAUGGUAGCAAGGCCACGCCCCGUGCCAGCAUCCGACCUAUGGUUACCCCGGCAACUCUCCCUAUCCCGACACCCACCGCCACCGUCAUGCCGACCACACAGACUGACAGUCAAGAGGUGCUGAUGAGCGCAGGAGCCUCUGUACACUCCACCAGCUCCGGCCUCGUGAGCGCACCUGCCUCCAUAACUCAGCCAACCAGCACACAGGCCACAGCCUUUGUCCAGCCCACUCAGCAGCAGGCAGCCAAUCAGGAUGCAGGGUCUAGCAUGGAUGCAGAGCGACCAUCCACAUCCUCCUCUCUGAUUGGAGCAGGUACAAAGCGAGGCAGAGAAGAGGAGGAGGAGGAAGAGGAAGAGGAGAGCAGACCGGAGAGUUCCCACACACCACCGACCACUAAAAAACUACGACUGAAACCAUCAAUACAGCUGCAGAUGGAAGGUGAUGAGGAGAUGGAAGGAGAGCUGGGGAAUGAGGGCGAACAACAGGAUUCACCCGACGACAGUCAGGAGCUUCCAGAGGAGGGUUUCCCCGUUUUAGCUGAAGACGAAGAGGACAUCGAGGAAGAGGGCGUGUCCCAGUCUGUCCCCUCCUAUCAGAUGUCCUCUCAGGGCUCUUCCAUAGUCCGGGACGUCAUUGUGAUCGACACGGACAGCGAGAGCCGGGAGAGCAAAGAGGGGGAGGAGAAGCAGGAGGAUGAAGGAGAGGAGGAAGAGGAAGAGGAGGAGGAAGAAGAGGAAGAGGAGGAAGAGGAGGAGGAAGAAGAUGACGACGAAGACGAGGACGACGCUGGCGACGGCGAGAUGAGAGGAGGAGAGGACAGCAACGAGAGGAGUGGAGAGGCCGAGGAGGAGGGAGAGGAGGAGGAUCCGUCAGAAGCCAGCAACACUGAGGAGACCAUGUGCGGGGCGUCCUCGGACUCCCAGCGUCCCUCUGAGCCGCCGCACAGCAGUGAAGGCAGCAGCAGCGCCACGUCAGAGUCUGACCCCACCAGAGAGCCUGUACACCUCCCCCCAACCUCUUCCUCCUCUGUUCCCUCCUCCUCCUCCCUCACACCCCGCCUGACCCACCCCCGUAGACCCACACACUCUCUCCCACCUAGGCUCUAUAUCCAACCUCCAGCCCCAGAGCUGGGACCCCCACACACACAGAGACCGUCCUCUCAGCUGCGCCGACCAUCAGUGGGACGAGGGCUUCAGCUGACCCCCGGGAUCGGCAGCACGCAACAUUUCUUUGACGAUGACGACAGGAUGGUUCCCAGUACUCCCACUUUGGUGGUCCCACACCGCACUGAUGGUUUCGCUGAGGCUAUACAUUCUCCUCAGGUCGCAGGUCUGUCCACCAGGUUUAGAUUUGGACCUCCAGAAGACCUGCUGCCUCAGAGCUCAGCCUCACACUCUGACCUGGGACAGCUGGCCUCUCAAGGAGGUUUGGGGAUGUACGAGUCUCCUCUGUUCCUGGCUGCUCAUGAUGAAGAUGGAGGAGGGAGGAGUGUCCCCACCACACCUUUACAGGUGGCUGCACCAGUGACCGUCUUCACUGAGUCUCUGCCCUCAGACGGCGGUGACAACAUGGCAUCCCAGUCCGUUCCCAUGGUAACUGCUUCCACCGGGAUGCCGGCUGCUGCAGACGAUGGAGAUGAGGUGUUUGUGGAGCAGGAAGGAGACGGGCCUGGUAUCGAGUCUUCUUUGGAGAGCCAGACGGACAUGGAGUCAACCGGACAGAGUGACGAUGCAUCGCUGCCGUCUACCAGCCAAGACCCUGACACCAGCAGUGUCACUCAGCGGCGCACAGCCAACAGCCAAACUCUGAUCAGCAACCUGUCGGGCAGAGGGUCCAGAGGAGGGAGGGUGGAGGCCAGGAUGUUGUUCAGCCGCAGAGGAACCUUCACUCGAGGAGGAAGAGGGGGGGGCCUGGGCAGAGGGGGCAUCGCCUAAUGAUGAUGUCAGCGUAGCGCCUCAGUCAUCUCAUCCAACGAGGAAAUGAAAAGACGCUUGAUUAAUCAAUUAAUUGAAUUUUGAGACAUUAGAUGUAUCAGUAAAUCUUGUCCAAUCGAAAUCAUUAAUAACACAAGUACAAGGAGAGAGAUGACAGCUCUGUGUGUGUGUGUGUGUGUGUGUGUGUGUGUGUGUGUGUGUGUGUGUGUUUUCGGUGUGUGUGUGUGUGUGUGUGACAUUUCUCUGAUAGAUCAGUGAGGUUUUAGUUGUUUUCUAACUGUUUCUCAUGAGAGCAGCCCUGGUUUUGUAAUGUUAGUUUCUUCAUGUGUUCUGUCACUGAGCUGCUAAUAAACAUGUUUUAAUAAUAAAGUUGAAUCAUUUCUAGACUGAACUUUGACUCUGAGACACUGUGAUGGAAAUAUUUGACAGAGAAAAUCGGUAAUGAAAAGAAUGAUCGAUCACAGCUCCAGACAUGAUGCUGAAAGUCAUUCU